UGGUCAUUUCGUGCCUCUCAACUUCUCCACCCAUUCUCCAUCUUCAUUGGCAAUUCGCAGACAGAGCAAUAAGGAGAGGGGGAGGCUGUGAAGUGUGAUCGAGAGAUGAGGCGAGGACUGGACUGCGGGCAAACUCCGGCGGGAGGAGUCGGGAAGAGGCAGAGGAGGCAGGUGGAAGGGGGAGAAGAGGGUGGGGAGAUGUUGGCGGAGACGGCGUUUGUGAACCUAGACGAAGAUUUGCUGUUCGAGGUGCUGAAGCACGUGGACGCGCGGACGCUAGCGACAGCGGCGUGCGUUAGCAGGCAGUGGAAGAGGACGGCGCACGACGAGAGGCUCUGGGAGAUGAUCUGCACGCGCCAUUGGGCCAACGUCGGGUGCGGGAGUCAGCAGCUACGCUCCGUGGUCCUCGCUCUCGGAGGCUUCCGUCGCCUCCACGCGCUCUGUCUCUGGCCCCUCCUGAAAUCCCCCCCUUCCUCCUCCUCCUCCUCCCCCUCCCCUUACACAACGUCGUCUCACUCUCCUCAGUCCUCCCCAUUUUCGCCUCCGGUGGUCCCGUCAAAGAAGGCGCCUACUCGCUGGGGAAAGGACGAGGUUCAUCUUUCCUUGUCUCUUCUCUCCAUUCGCUUCUACGAGAAAAUGAGUUCCAAAAGCAAAGGCAGUUAAAUUUGCAACUCUAUAAUCUCCCUCACUCCUUCUCAUAUUCCACGAAAUUCCUCCCUUUUCUUUUAUCUUUUCUGUUUGUUUCUCGGGAGAACAGCCUUUGAGCAUAUUCUGGUAUUGUAUGGAUUUUGUAAAUUACAAGUAUGAGGUUGUUAAUCGUUAUUAUCCUUCAAACGUUGUAAAAAUUGUUGUGUUUGUUCUUCAA